AUCACCGAUGCCAGCCUGCGCGAAACCAUCACCCAGCGCCUUCAAGCGAUCCAUGUCGAGGUGACGGACAUGUCAGGUGGCUGCGGCCAAGCGUUCACAACCCUGAUUGUAUCACCGCAGUUCCAAGGCCUCAACUCUCUGAAGCGCCACCGCCUCGUCAACGGCGCGCUCAAGGAGGAGAUCGCCAGCAUCCACGCCUGGACGGCCAAGUGCAAGACGCCGGAGGAAUGGGAGCGAGAUCAGGGCCAGGAUGCGCCGUCCCUGGAUGGUACGGUGGGAGGCCAGGUCCAGGGCACGGCGCAGUAA